AUGACUGAUUGGAAAAAUAUUGUAAAUGAAGCUCUUUAAUUAGAUCCAAAAACUCUAGAAAUUGAAUUUAAGGAUUUUGGUUAAGAUUCUGCUAAAAUUUUGAGUGAAGUUAUUAGUGAGAAAAAAGAUAUUGAGAAAAUAGAAUUCAAAAUUAGUAGUAAUCCCAUAGGAAAUGUAGGGUGGGAGUACAUAGGCAAGGGGUUUAGUAAUUGCAAAAAGUUACAUACUUUAAGUAUUGAGAUUUCAGACUCUCACAACAUAGGAAGAGAUGGAAUGAUUUAUUUCUCAAAAUAUUUAAAAGAUUGUACUUAAUUAGUAGAGUUUAGCUUGCAGAUAGGCGGGUAUAAUCAUAUUAGAAAAGAAGGUUCAUCUGCUUUAAGAUAGGCACUGGAAAAUUUUACAUAAUUGGAAAGAAUAUUUUUAUCCAUAAGACAUAAAAACGACUUAGGUGAAUAAGGAGCUAUUUAAAUUGGACAAGGACUUAAGAAAUUACAUAAAUUAAAAUCUUUUUCAAUAGAGAUAGGAUAAAAUUUUAUUGGUCAUGAAGGUAUAAAAGGAAUUUGUGAAGGUUUAAAGGACUUAUAGUAUCUCUAAGAGUUGUCAUUCAAUAUUAGAAAUAUGAAUAAUAUAGGACCUUAAGGUUCUCAAGAAAUAGGAAACCUAAUUUAAAAGCUUCACUAGCUAGAAAUAUUUUCUUUUACUAUUUACAAUAACCAAAUAUUAUAAGAGGGCAUUCAAGGUAUAGGAUAAGGAUUAAGUUGCUGCUAAAAUCUUCAAAAUUUAUCAAUGGAGAUAGGAAAUAAUUCUAUAGGAAGUGAAGGAGCUGUAUAACUAGGAAAAGGCUUAAAUAAAUGCCACAAUCUUAAAGAUCUCCACCUUAUCAUUUUUUCUGGAAAUGAAAUUGGUCAUGAGGGUUGUACUGGUCUCGCUUUUGGAUUUAAAAAUUUGCUAAAUUUAGAAAAUUUAUAUUUAUCGAUAGGAUGUAAUAAUAAGAUUGGAUCUGCAGGAGUUAUCUCACUAGGUGAAAAUAUAAGCAAAUGCAUAAAUCUUAGAUUAUUUAGACUAGAGUUUUACCAAAACGAAAUAACGUAAGAUGGAAUUCUGAAAUUUGGUAGCAAAAUUAGACACUGCACUCUAUUAUACUAUUUUUAGUUCACCAUAACAGAUAUUAACUUGGAAACUUAGUAGUUAUUUGUAAGAAAACUAAAAAAAGCAGCUAACCUUGUAAAAGUUUAUUGA